UAAAAAAUGAAAGGGAGACGGAGUGCGACUGCGACGACGACUGAAAGCUAGGUUUGUACGGCGGUUAUGAUUGAUGACGGGAGGUGGAGCGAGGGGUUCGAGUGGUUUCUGAGGGGCCAUUGUGGUCGGGGACUGACCGGAAGUCUGUCUUUGAUUUUGAAUGGGUUACCUUUUUUGUCUCGACACUUAGAUUGUAACAGGAGGAAACUGUUGCAAUCGGUUUCACAAGAUAUGAUUCGAUUCGAUUUGGGUUUAAUCGUAUGGGAUAUUCGAUGGAUCUGUUUCAGUAUUGAGGGAUUAAUUUCAGAUCAGGAUUUGGAAUGGAGGGUUUCGAAUCUGGUGAUUUGGUGGGUGGCCACAAUGACUGAGAUUCGCUGGUGCUCUUAUGGAAGGUUUCGUCUUUCUCUCCUAUGGUUAAUGGGAUCCAGGAUUGAUAGGAUUUCGCAGAUUGAGUGUAUUUUUGGGAGGUAUUUGUUCGGUAUAUCUUCUCUACGGAUUCGGAGGUUCACGAUUAGUCUAUGGGUAUAUAUUUGGAGGUUGGGUUUUAUUCAUUUCAUUUUCUGUUCAGAGCUUAACAUAUUUUUCUGGUUCAUUUGUUGUGGUCUCUGGUGUAUUGUGGUGGAAUCUGUCAGCUUGGUGGUGCUUGUGUGGUUCAUUAUGUCUCAGUCUUCGUUUAUCAAGGGCAAGGCAUCUCUGGUGCGUACGGAAACAGCCAAGAUUUCUAACACGGUCUUGGCUCAACGGAUUCAGUAAUUCUCUCUCACCCUUAUUGGGAGAUUGAUGAAUCCAUCGGUGCAAAGGGUGGAGUCCUUGGUGUCCAUUUUACCGAAGAUUUGGAAGCUUGAAGAAAGUGUUGUGGGAGCAGAUCUUGGUCAAGACACCUUUCAAUUCAACUUUGCAGAAGAGGCGGACCUACAAGGUGUCUUACAGAAUGGACCUUACCAUUUUGAUGGAUGGAUGAUUUCUUUGGUUAAAUGGGAGCCAUUCAUCUCUCCAAUAUAUCCUUCAGCCAUUAAUUUAUGGGUGAAAGUGGCUGGAAUCCCAAUGCAUCUCUGGGAGAUUGCUACGUUGGAGGCUAUUGGGAAGAAGAUAGGUACUAUUCGUGAAAUUGAUGAAGAUUCUGGGAGUAUUUGUGUUACCGUUAAUGGUUUUAACCCUCUUCUUUUCAAGAUGGUUGUGCCCUUUGAGUCUGGGGAUGAAAUUAUAGUAUCCCUUGAGUAUGAGAAGUUGUUGGGUCUAUGUGACAAUUGCUUUCGGCUCACACACGAUAUGAGAAGUUGCCCGGAGUUAAACAAGACUGCUGGGGCUCAAGGAUUUGAUAACCAAGCAGAUAAGAGAGGAGUUCAGCGACAACAUGGGAUGGUUAAACAAGGGGUGUAUCAUAAUGAAAGUGGAUGGGAGAAGCCUAGGAAAUAUGCAAAGAGAGCUCUUGAUUUUCAAUCAUAUGAGGCGAAUGCUGUGGCUGGUAGUUCCGGUUCUAAUCAACAGAAUCGUCAUCAGGGAUCGGGUUGGGAUCCAAAGAGGCUGUAUGGUGCUGUGGAGGGUGGAAAUACAGGUGCAAAGCGUGGAGGACAGGCGUUUUCUUUCGAGUAUACAAGCCAUACUCCUCCUUUUCAUCUAAACAGGAAAGGGUCCGAGUCAGUAUGGCCAAAGCCUCUUUACAAAGCAAAACAAGUUCCUAAGAGAUGGUGGUGUCCCCUCAACACAAGGUUGAUAAGGAUUUAGCGGUAUCAGAUUUUGAGGAAGCUACUGAUGACCUUCUUGAAGAUGGUGAAUUCCCAGAUGGUAGUCUUCAAGUGGAAGGUCACGCUGCAAUGGAGCAGAAUACGGUACCGUUGGUGAAAGGUUCGGGUAUGUCUGAUUCAACUGUGGUGGAUAUGCAAGGUAUUUCUUUAUCCUCUAUACCAAAUGCUUUGGAUGUGAGUGUUGUAAGUUCUGCUUUGAGUAAUGUUGAGUUAGGUUCAAAUGUUGGAGAUCGGUUGAGCCUUCCUAGCUCCCAGGUUAAGAAAGUGGUUAAAAAACCUGUAUUAUCCCUGGCAUCUCCUGGAAAACGUUUGCUUGCUAAAGCUCUAUCUAAACCUGCAGGUGAUGUUCACAAACAAAAAGUGAUGGGAAAACAGGGGACCAAGUUCACGGUUGACAAACCUCCGGGUGGGGGACAACCAGUUAAGAAAGGGACGGUGGCUCUCCCGAAACCACCGGCUCAAACGUGAAGGUCUUGAGUUGGAACUGUCAGGGCAUCGGGGCGGUCCUGACAGAGGAGUACUUGGGAGAUUUGUGGAAAAACCAUCAUCCAGAUAUUAUAUUUUUAGCAGAAACAAAAAAAUGUAUUUCUUAUUUAAAAAAGUGUCAGAAUAAGUUUGGUUAUGAUAAGUUGUUUACUGUUGAACCUUGUGGG